CAAUACAUAGAAAGGCAAAUACCCAACCGGGGCAUGGUCAAUAGCGUUCGAUCAGAGUAGAUAACCAUAGUUAUAGCUAAAAUUCAGAAUUCGCUCUAUAAGCACGGUUUAGAUCAAGAAGUACGGGAGAAAAAAAACAUAAAUUCGCGUUGUGGGUGUUUUCAAAGACUAAAACAUUUGUGGCAAGAGGAAUUUUCUAACGGAUUUAGCGAUAAAUUUUGGUGUAUCUCUAACGAAGACAGAUCGCCAUAAAUACAAAGCAAGUGCAACGAUGAAUGUGUUACACUUCUUCCUAGUUUUAACGUUGCUAUAUGGCUUCGCCUUGGCACAGGAUUAUCAAGACUACCAAGAAAACACACCGCGACCUGCACCAAUAAGACUGCGCCCCAGCGCUGGUAUAGCGGAGGCACCCAGACCGACACCAGUGCCUAUACUCAAGCAAAUAAAUAAACAUAACGAAGAUGGUUCCUACACUUACGGGUAUGAAGGUGCCGAUGGUUCUUUCAAAAUCGAAACAAAGCUAGCGACCGGUGAAGUGAAGGGUAAAUAUGGCUACGUGGAUGAGACUGGUAAGGUGCGUGUGGUGGAAUAUGGCGCUAAUCAAUAUGGCUUCCAGCCGUCUGGUGAGGGCAUCACUGUAGCGCCACCUACACUGGUCGACGAAACACUCAAAGAGGAGCCAGAGUAUGAAGAUGAACCUAUAAGACCGCAGAGACCUUAUCGUCCACCUCGUCCACAACAGGCCCGACCGGCGCCAGCACCGCGUCCACAGCCACAACCCCAACCGCAACCACAAUAUUUGCAGUAUGAAGAAGAACCGGAACAAGUGCCCGAGCCACCACGUCGCAUACAGUAUGCGCCACCACCACAAGUAUCUGCCGCACCAGCGCCGCCAAGAAUACAAGUGCCUGGAGCGCAACGCACCACGGAUGUUUUGUACUCACCACUGCAACGGCCAGCGCGUCCCGAACCGGAUUACUCACAAUCGCAGAACUUUGGCGAAGGUCCAUCUAAUGUGCGUGUCUCACGUCCCGUCUAUGCUCCGGCACCAGUUCAACCCGCACCCUCCAGCGCACGUGCCAAUAACUUUUUAGGUCCACCAUCUGGCGGCCGUCCCUUACUUGACCCCGCGCAAUUUGGACCCGCACCACAAACCCGCCCUGUGCAACAAGCUGCACCAGCGCCUCUACCUCGCUAUCAACCACAAAUAAAUCAUCAACCACAGGCACAGGGCCGUGCUGGUGGUGGCGGCGGCAGUUUACUGGAUCAAUUGGCGCGAGAUUAUGCUCUGCCUCAAGGCAAUGCACAACCGUUACACGAUAUUUCAUUCGGUUACUACUAAGUGCAAGCGGGUAGCAGUCAGCAGCUGUGUUGGGUUCUUCUGGUUAGUUGUUUAAAUGUAUAUGUGUAGUAGUUUAAUGAGCCCAUAAAUCGGAGAAACUCUAAAUAAUUGUAAAUUUGCUGAUUUCUUUGAAAAAUAUACCAUAAUUUAUAAUUUUCUUAAUUUCAUUUUCGAGGAAAUGCGAAAUAACUUGGAAUAAAUAAAUUCAAUAAAUGGAAUAUUAUAAAUUUGACACCUUA